UAUUCGCUCCCUUCAACUUGUUGCACCUACUUUCAAAAAGUUAAGAAUUUACCUGUUUUCUGUGAGAAAGUGAACUUGUUAUCUAAUUAGCAUGUUAAAAGGCAUCCGUUUCUCAUUUAGUGUUAUCUGAUUAUCGCGUACGAUCGACGUACGUGCGUUUAAUUACGUGAUGUUUUUAAAGAAUUCGUUAUGAUGCACCUGCACUGCAGAUAUCUGUCGUUGUUAAACGCAACAUGCAACGUACUUAGUGUAUUGUAAUUAUGACACGGCUGAACGGUGAAUUAAGAAAAUCCAGUUAGCGUAGCUACGUGGAACUGUAUUAAUAAUAAUAAGUGCAUGACAAUCGUGGAGUCAUCUUCUAAAAUGACUCAUAACUGGUCAGUGGUAUGCCCGCAUGCCGCUAUUGUUUUGUUUUUGUGGAACCAAAAAUUCGAUGAGUAAACAGCGAAGAAUGCUGGCUAUUUACAAAAACAAAAUAAUGUUCUAUAUUUGAAAUUGGGAACAGGCUCAGUGUUUGUAAUCGGUUUUGAUGAUGAAAGUGGAUCAGAUUAUGUUAUAAGCAAUGGCUCAGAGUUCAGUGGAUUCUGAUAGACUUUCUUCAGCUGGGAUAUCAACUCACAGUUCAGGCACAGCCGGCACUGUAGGUGGUUCAGUUGUUGGAGUCAGAGUUGGUGAUCAAGUUCAUAAGAGAGAAGAUGAAGAUGACUACCUGGGGCCAUUACCUCCAAUGUGGGAGAAAGCAUUUACACCUUCAGGAGAGAGGUAUUUCAUAGACUACAACACUGGAACAUCCCACUGGCUGGACCCUCGUCUGGCAAGAGUACGAAAGCAUUCGCUUGGUGAAUGCGGUGAGGAUGAGCUUCCUUACGGUUGGGAACGAGUCACCGACGAGAGAUAUGGCUCAUAUUAUGUGGACCAUAUCAAUAGACGCACACAGUAUGAGAACCCUGUGUUACAAGCAAGACGGCUCAGAGCUGAGAAAAUGGCCGCAGAAAAUAACAACAACACAUCCAAUGGGACUCCACCGACUGGUGAACUACGAGGGGAGAGGUUUUCACUCACACUCACUAAAGGAACACAGGGUCUUGGCUUCACAUUAAUCGGUGCGGAAGGUUCUCCAGAAACAGAAGGAUAUCUCCAAAUACGCAGUAUCGUACCUCAUAGCCCUGCUUGGAUUGAUGGUGCUCUCCGACCCGGCGACGUCAUAGUGGGUGUUGGUAACCGCGGUGUUCGUGGACUGACUCAUGCGCAGGUAGCUCAAAUCUUCCAAGGGAUCGCUGCGGGGAGUGACGUCACACUUCAUUUUGUUAGAGGUUAUCCAUUAUCAUUUGACUCGGAGGACCCAAACACAAGGGUGCUCAGUACAUUGGCAGUGGAUGCGAGCAGCGAUGCAGUGGCCAUGCAACAGCUUACAAGAGCUCUACGGACUAGGUUCCACCUAGAAUCCCCCGAAGGUCGUGACGUACCAGACAGCAGGGAAGGUGCCCAACGGCGGCUGUUAUCACGGUCCUUCGAUUUGGACGAACUCCCCGCGGAUACUACUUCGUUGCCCCCGCGUUGUCCGUCUGCUGACCACCUGCUAGCGCUGGCUUCUGAUCACCAACACCGCAGUGCAGCAAGCAACGAGCCGGGUCGUGAAUUAGUGCUCACUUUACGGCGUGGGGCCGCUGGUUUUGGUUUUACUAUAGCCGAUAGUGUACAUGGCCAGAAGGUUAAGAAGGUGUUAGACUUAGGCCGUUGCGCAGGAUUGCGUGAAGGAGACUUGCUAUUGCAAAUCGGUGAGACAGAUGUGAGACAUACACCUCAUCAAAGGGUUGUGCAGGUACUAAAAGAGUGUCCAGCGAUGUCUGAAACAACGUUACGCGUGUGGAGAAAGAACACUAUAACUAGGGCUCCCCGCAGCCGCUCAGCUACACGGGUGCAACCUACCAAUAAUAACGCAGCAAAUAAUCAAUUGGGUAGAAGCAAGACUCCCACCGCGGAACAGUUGCGGUCACCAGCUCUGAACUCAACAGAUAAUGCGAGGGGCAGACAGAAUGAAAUGAACUCUGUGGAAGCAACCUACGCAGUACCAGAACACAAAUCCCGUGAAACCCGCGAGAGCAUUAUGGACAGGCGACGUAGAAGCAGCACUCCAGGCGCCAGACUAACACUCCCCGUGGUCACACCGUGGAGCGAACAGACAGACAACUGGAACGAACGAGAAACCUGGAUAGAUAACUCGAAUAAUAUAAGAAACUGGGCGGAAAACGCGCAGAAAUGGGAUGAAAACGGCCAAAAAUGGGACGGGGCAAGCCAGAAAUGGGAUGGUUCCAGUCAAAAGUGGGACGGCUCUAGCCAGAAAUGGGAUGGUACGAGCCAAAAAUGGGAUGGCACAAGUCAAAAGUGGGAUGGCACAAGCCAGAAGUGGGACGGUGAAGGGACUAGUAAUGGGAAUUGGGAGGGAAACGGGGAGAGGUGGAAUAACAAUUGGGGAGAACUGCCCACGCCGACUAUACAUGUUGAUAUGAAUGCUGCGUAUUGGAGGGGAAACGCUAGUGUUGCUGAUAGUAGUGAUAAUGGAGGUUUCCCAGAAGACGGUCUACUCCAUUCUCCCACCACAGCAGCCAUAAGUGGUCUUUCGCGACAGUCUCCUUCCACGAGUCGAAUAAGACCACACUCACCUUCUAAUUCUACUGGUCGUCUCCGCAGUAACUCCCCGUCUAACAACAGUGCAACAGACAGACUGUUGAACAACUCACCAUCUACACGAAUGCAGAGUCAAUCCCCUUCGAAUAAUUCUUCCAAUGGACGGCUUAAGGGAUCUCCUAUGAGGCUCGGUGACGCGUCACCAUCCCGUCACAUCCACUCGCCGGUGUCACAUAGAUCUGCAUACGAUGGGGAUAUGCCGCAACAAGUGUAUGUUGCUAACUACCCGCAGGUGGAAGCCGGUGGCUCGACAGACCCAGAAGCAGAUGUUCUAGUUCGACUCGCUCGUGGUUCCGCAGGUUUUGGGUUCCGCAUUGUGGGUGGUACUGAAGAUGGCAGCAGAGUCGCUGUAGGAUAUGUUGUGCCGGGCGGUCCAGCAGACGGUCUACUCCGACCGGGUGAUCUACUAACAUCGGUAGACGGUAUACCUUUAAGUGGGGCUACUCACGCUCGAGCUGUCGCGUAUGUGUGUCAGGCCGCGUCUAGAGGACAUGUAACACUGGGUGUGAGACACAACAGAGCAGAUAUCCAACCGCUAGGCUUGCCAGCUGUAGUUCCAACACAUCAACACCAACCACUGCUGACUGCGGAGCCCACAGUACCGCACCCGCCGGCUUCAUACAAUAUCCUACACCCUGCACCCAUGUAUCCGCCCACUGCGCACAUGCCUAUGUACGGCGUCCAAUACGAAGCGAACAGCGGGUGGAAUGUACCCUAUGACGUCACGGUGACGAGGAACGAGGGAGAGGGGUUCGGUUUCGUCGUCAUUUCUUCUACUAACAAGGCCACUAGCACUAUUGGUCAACUAAUCCCCAACUCGCCAGCGGCCCGCUGCGGGCUGCUUCACGUGGGCGACACCAUCGUGGCCAUCAACCGUCUGCCCGUGCUUCGCUUGCCGCACCCUGAUGUUGUGGCGCUCAUCAAACGCUCCGGCACCACCGUCACGCUCACCGUGCUGCCCACCCGCCCUGACUGACUGAUCGACUGACCGACUGAUUGACCGACUGACACACUAGCCAUCGCAUACUACACGCCAACUAACAAACGCUCCGGCACCACCGUCACGCUCACCGUGCUGCCCACCCGCCCUGACUGACUGAUCGACUGACCGACUGAUUGACCGAUUGACACACUAGCCAUCGCAUAUAACACGCCAACUGUUAAGCGCUUCGGUACCACCGUGCUGCCCACCCGCCCUGACUGACUGAUCCACUGACUGAUUGACUGACACAGUAGUCAUCGCAUAUAACACGCUAACUAUCAAGUGCUGCGGCACCACCGUGCUCUCCACCCGCCUCGAGUGACUUAAAAAUUCGACUAUAAAAGCAGUGACGCUGACACUAACAUAACAACACGCUGACACUGACGUAACACAACGCCGACACUGACGUUACACAACGCCGACACUGACGUUACAACGCGCUGACAAAGACAUUACAACGCGCUGAGACUGACUGACAAGCUGAAUACUUGGUUAAUUUCGAUUGACUUACUGGACCACUUACAUGCUGACAUGACUUAUGAUCACUCUGACUGACUGCAUGUCCACUUUUUCCAAUAAGUGCCUUUCAAAUGAAAAUAUCAGUAUAAAGAAUCCAUGGGCUCGUUUUCAUUUUGCUUGCAGUAUUAAAGAAAUCUUGAAUUUAAUAAAAUGUCGUCGCGAAUAAAUGAAAUCUCUGUACUAUAAUUAAUAUAAGUUAAAAAGUACUUAGACCUCCAAUGACCGAAUUCUCAAUUAUUGCUAAAAACCUAGCCAUUAUAUUUCUAGCUCGAAUAUUGAAACAAUAUUGUAAAAUGUUUAUUUCUAUAUUUAGUAAUUAAUUUAGUAUUCAAUGAGAUAGCUUUAAAUAUUAUAAUUAAGUUUAGUUAAGCAAUAUUAAGUUACAAUAAGUAAUGCAUUUUAUUUCUAACUUAAUUAAAUUUUUCAAUUAGUAUUAUAAUUAUUUUAUAGUGAAAAAUGUAUAGUUAAGUUUGAUAAGGGACCAUAUUUUUGUGAAACUUGCAUUUAAAUUUUAUAGUGACUUCAUAAUUAUUGUAAUCAUGGAAUUGUUAAAAUUAAAUUCAACAAAAUGUGUUACAUACUGAAAUCAAUUAUCGAUUUAAUCGAAGUGAAACUUCUUUAUCUGGGUUGGAAAAAAAUUUAGUGUAACAUUUUUUUGUUACGCCAAACAUUUUUCCGUUUCGCGCCAUCUUUUUCUUAUCCCUACCACGCGUGAUUUUAC